CCCCGGUUCCACCAGGCCGCGCUUGCGCACUGGCUCCUCUGUGCGCUCUACUGUUUGCAUUGUGUCUGAACUGCCGGCGAGCUUUAAAAAUAUUAUACCCACCGCGGCAAUGUCGGGCAGGUCGGUCCGAGCUGAGACACGGAGCAGGGCGAAAGAUGACAUCAAGAGGGUUAUGGCCGCUAUUGAGAAAGUACGAAAAUGGGAGAAGAAAUGGGUAACCGUUGGAGACACAUCUCUUCGCAUCUACAAGUGGGUGCCGGUGACGGAGCCCAAAUCAGACGAUAAAAACAAAAACAAGAAGAAAGGUAAAGAUGAUAAAUACGGCUCAGAGUUGACGACUCCAGAGAACAGCUCCUCUCCGGGGAUGAUGGACAUGCACGAUGACAACAGCAACCAGAGCUCCAUUGCAGACUCGUCUCCAGUGAAACAGGAAAACAGCUGUAGCACCAGCCCCGCCCCGGAGUCCAGUGCUGCGUCGCACCGUGACGGCAGCGAUACCAAGACUGACCAGAGCCCGGACAGCAAGAGAGGUCAGACACACGGGUUUAAAUGUAAGAACAUUUCUUUAUCAGAGACCUCAGAGAGGGCACCAAGCACCAAGAGAGACAGCAUGUCCUCAGGAGAGAAGGAUUCUUCUAACAGCAAAGCCACUCAGGACCUACAGGAGGAGGCCCCGCCCAGUAAGAAAAGCAAACUGGAGUCCUCAUCUCAGGACUUUGAGGAGAGCUAAAGAUUUUGGGCUGAGUCAUUUCUCUCCUCAUCCUCCUGUGUCCCUCUCUCUGUACCUCCUUCCAUUAACUCUAGGUGAUUUAGGGCUAAUGGACACACCGGCUCUCCUCACUCCCUUUUUAUUAUUAUUUUUUAUUCUUCUGCCAAUUUUUCUCUUCCCAAACUCACAAGACCAACGAGAGAAUGGCCGUCUCUCUCCCUGUACUCUACCCCGCCACCGAGGGAGGAUGGAUAUUACCUCUGUUCACUGCUCCCCCUCCGUGCUUCCUUACAGUCCUCCACAUUACUUUGCCAAGAGAAAUGCCGACCCCAGGCUGCGGUCCCCUUUGUGACCACAGGAGGCGCUGUCAACUCAGCACUGACCUGCUUCUGUGAGUGAAAACAGUGGGUCUGGGAUUAGGACGAGGUCGAUCGCGAACGCUGCUCUGAGACUGCUCUUUAAUUGUUUUACUGCUAGUGGUUUAGCUCAGGAUAACUGGUGGGGCUAACCUGGUCUCAGAUCAGCAGCUGCGGGGGGGGGGGGGGACCUCCACCCUAAGGCCCAGUCACUUCAAUCCUCCCCAUCUGCCUCCUGUUAGACUAAUGUUCUCUGUUUGUUUAGGAAAUGUUUUUUUUAUUUUUAUUUUUUCCUCAGGAGGGUCAAUGCACUGUUAUGGUAUGUCACAAUCGAUCACAGAGAUAGAUUUGCUGCUGUAGUGGAUGUCUUUUUUCUCAAUUCAUAAAGGUUCUCCAUUCAUGUGUUUCUAAAGUGAAUUAGCUUGUGGUCCAUAGAAGAAGGCGACGGUACAUGUGCAGAUAAAUGUAGCGAGGAUGGGCGUGGCUAGCAGGUGUCCUGGAGGUGUGCCUUUGUGUUACCAUUGAUACAAGUUUAGUUCAAGCAGGUUUGGACUUAAUGUUUUGGUGCCAUGUUUUUGUUUUUUUUUUUGCCUUAGAGUUGUCACUAAUGGGUUUUCUCUGAUGUUUAUACUCAGCUACAACCGUUUGGAUUUCUGUUUUAUAAAAAUGUGCUUUCUUGCUGACCGUAGAUAAAGAAGUCUGAUACCACUGUUACAUCAAAUCUGAUUAUAGUGUUAGCUUAGCAUUAUGCUAAAAAGAGAGAAAGACCACUAGCCUGAAAACGGUCUCCUCCUGAAUUUGCUCACAUGGACCAGAAGUUCUAAACUAUCAUUUUUCUACAGAAGCUCUGAAAAGCAAAAAAAAAAAAGGGGGAAACAAGAUUUUUUUUGUCAUGAAUUUUUAUAUUUUACCAAAUGAGGACAUAAACAUCCACACACUUGUUUCUUUUGAAAAGUGUUUUCACAUCCUUUUACAUCAUGCAAUCAAGAGGAAUCAUGGACCCUUUGCCUUUUAGAGCUUCUGUAGUUAGUGGGUAUGGUGUGACCAAAAACAAAAUAGGACACAAAGUGGAUGAUAUGGGCCAUUCCCAUCUGUACCGGGUCGGCCCGGGCCGGUAGCCCCAGUCGGCCCCAGUCUGGCCCGGUUGAUUCCACACAUCCUUGCCUUAAGCCCAUGUGGGCUGAUUCUACCCACCAAUCAGAGGCUUGCUCUAAUGGAAGGUGUGAAUUUGCUGUCAGCAGUGGGCGUGUUGGCCCUGGUCGGCCUGAAGCAGACCCCCUCGAGAAGAGGGCUGAGAAUGAGCCUUGGUUGGCCCGGAAAAACACCAGGCCACCCAGAUAUGUAAACAACCUACGCUACCCGGCCCGGGCCGACCCGGUACAGAUGGGUAUGGCCCAUUAGAGUCAACCACAAGAUCUUUAACAGCCAGAGGGCUUCAUUUUAUGCAGCUGAUGAAGUAAAAUCACUGUUAUUACCAUUUAUACCUGCUACUCAAGAUCUGUGCAGCCAGUGAGUAAGGACACGAAGAAAUCCGUAAAUCAAGCUGAUUACAAAAUCUUGAAAUUCUUCCAACUCCCAAAAUGUUUUUUUACUUGAUUUGAUGAAACCGACACCACAAUUAACUGACUUGUAUUUUAGCUUCUAGAAAAUUGCAAAGUAAUCAAUUAGUUUUUGGAGGGAAACACGUAUUGGUGGAAACCAAACGCAUUCACUCAGAGAACCAUAAAAGAUGUAAGAAACAGAAAACCUUAAAAGGCGUUUCUGUUUCUGGUAUCGGUCCUCUUACUCUGCUGUCAACAAGAAGGCAAGUGAGCAUUCUGUUUCUUUAAAUCAGUUAAAGACUGGAAUUUGUACACCACCCAGUAGUUUGUGAAGUUUAGUCUUUUGUUUUUAACCACCUGCAAACCACGUCUAUCAGAACUGUUCUGGUUCUGCUUCACCAGGUCCAAAGUAGAAAAAGACUAUUUCUGUUUCUUGGACAGUUUUUUUUCCUGCCAGAUCUGGUUCGUAUGUAACCCCGCUCUGUAGUCAUUUGGUGUAUCACUACUUAUCUUUGACCUCCACAUGUUGGUGAUGCUCACCUCUGAAGGGUCCACUCUUUUAGCUCAAAUAUUUGGUUCCAAUCCUCCUUCAAGGUGCUGUCUGUUGGCUGAAUCCAUACACCUGCAGCAUGGCGCUCCUGGUUGUGUGCAGAAACGUGCAAUCUACUUGAACUAUAAAGUUUGGAUUCAGACCGAAGACCUCUGAUGUAAAAACCUCACCCGGUCAGGUUUUCUUUUAUCAGUCGACUUGUGAAACAUGAAUUCAGACCAAUUGAAUCACUGCAAAACCAAUGACUUCAUAACAUGACGGGGCUAUACAUCACAACACAGGACUACUUGAUCCGAUUUCAGCAAAUCAGCACUCGCGUGGAUGGAAAGAAAAGAGGUCAGAGGAUGGAUUAGCAUAUACCUCAUUCCCAGUCCAGCAGAGCUGGAACUUAAAAUGCUAUUGUAUUGACAUUAACAGUUGUAAACAGCAUUAUGUACACUCAGUUUUAAAAGAUCUCACUUAUGUUGUAGCUUUCACGUGAUUGAGCCAAUUCCUUAUAGUUUGCUCAUAACUGUGUGUAAAAAAAGAAAGAAAAAUGAGAAAAAGUGUUGUGAGAUUUAAAAAAAAUCUUGUAUGUUUAUUUUUUUCCUUGGGACCAUUUUUUUUUCUUUAGAUCUUGUACAGAUUUAUGGUUUGGUUUGACUUAUUUAUUCCAUCAGUAGUGCUUGGUUUUUAUCAUGUCCAAUGUUUUUGUUUUCUUAAUAAAAGUCACAAAAUGAA